CAGGAGACCUUUUCGUCCGUAUCCACACUUGGUAUGGCUUUGUACAAUGGGUGGAAGAUGACACUUGUCGUGUUAGCUGGACUUCCAGUCAUUGGGCUGGCUAAUCGUAUUCAGCAGAAUGAAGCCGAUGCUACUGUUGAAUCAGAAGGAGUUGAAGAACUGCUCAAAACAAGCUUCAAGAAAAUGGAAACAAUUUCAGCCCUUGGAAUGGAAAACAAGUUCGCCAAGAAGUAUAAGGAUGCUAUCUUCGAAAAAUACAAGCAUGCGUUGAAGAAAGUCAUCGCCAGUGGUUUUGCCUUCGCUGUUGGACAAGCUAUGGUGUUUUUCAUUUACGCAGGCGCACUGAGGUUCGGUUGCUACCUUAUCAGCAUAGGAGACAUGGCAGCUAUUGAAGUCUUGGGUGUGUUAAUGACAGUGUUGUUCGGUUCUUAUGCUACGGCCAACUCGCGAGCACCGCCGCACGCGCAUGAAGACACCGAAGAAUCGCUGAACAGAUUGUUCGAGUACGAGGCAGCAAACGUGGAAGAUCACAUAGGUGAUAAGAUGGACGAAGUCGAAGGAAGCUUGGAAUUUAAACAUGUGGAACUGCCAGACCCUCUACACAAUGGCGCUCCAUUGUUGAGCCAGUUAAACGUGAAGGUCAGCAGUGGACAAACAUUAGCCAUUGUACCGCUGGACAACGAAAAAAUCAAUCCAUUUGAACUUUUGUUGGAACGUUUCUUUGAUCCUUUCAAGGGUGCAUUGUUCUUGGAUGGUGUGGACAUACGCAGUUUGGAACUUUCUUGGUUGCGAUCCCGGCAUGCAGUGGUGUCCCAUCGCUCGUUUCUUCCACAUUGUAGUAUUGCCGAGAACAUCGCUUAUGGUGACAACAGCAGAGAAAUAACGAGGCGCGAGAUUGAAGACGCCGCGUACUCAGCUUAUGCACAUGAAUUUAUAACGGAUCUAACAAAGGGCUAUGACACAGUCCCCAAUGAAGAUCAAAUCCAGUUGACCGACAGUCAGAAACUCAGGAUCGCUACAGCACGGGCUAUUAUCCGUGGACCAGCAAUCGUUGUGAUUGACGAGUUGGAACAGGAAGAUCAGGCUGUAAAUGACGCCAUACACAUCCUUUCUCGGAACAGAACUUGUCUUAUACUCACUCGACGGCGACAAACAGUUGAAGCAGCUGACCAGAUAGUUCUCAUGUAUCGCGGACGUGUUAUUGAACAGGGAACUCUUGAUGAACUUCUGGAACAAGGACGCCUGUAUCACUUGUUAACGAAUUUAGAAGACGUGGAGGACCUUUAGCUUUCUUUUAUAAUAAGUAAUUUUCGAAGCCAUUUUCGGAAAGCAUUUGUUAUAUUUUGGUUUCAGU